CCCUUCAUUUUCGUCGUCUUCCUCACAGUAGAGCUAUGGCGACUCUGAACCUCUCGGUACUUCCCAAAACCCUAACGCCAGUCACUAGAAAUCUGAGUACUCUUCUUUCGUUUCCUUCGUCAUCUGUUCUGUCCUUCGUCCCGUGCGUAUCUCCUAGCUCGAUUAGGUCAACAAGUGUGAAUUUGUCGGCCACGAAGGCGCUGGCCAAUGGGGAUUACUCCUCGAGAAGAAACAGCGGUAGUGAGGAGAGGGAGACGAUAAUGCUGCCCGGUUGUGAUUACAAUCACUGGCUCAUUGUCAUGGAGUUCCCCAAAGACCCUCCUCCCACCAGGGAACAGAUGAUUGACACCUACCUCAACACUCUCGCCACGGUUCUUGGCAGCAUGGAAGAAGCAAAGAAGAAUAUGUAUGCAUUUAGCACCACUACAUACACAGGGUUCCAGUGCACUGUGUCUGAAGAAACAUCAGAGAAAUUUAAGGGUCUCCCUGGUGUUUUAUGGGUCUUGCCUGAUUCAUACAUAGAUGUCAAGAACAAGGAUUAUGGAGGAGAUAAGUACAUUAAUGGAGAGAUAAUUCCUUGCCAGUACCCUACGUAUCAACCAAAGCAAUCUAAAAGUCCGAGAAGCAAGAGCAAAGCUUAUGUAAGGCAGCGAGAUGGCCCUCCUGCCGAACGAAGAAAACCAAGAGAUCAAGCCACUCCAGAAUCGGCCUCUUGAUUAUCUCUAUGUAAUGUUGCAGAUGGUGUCAUCAGUUCCAAACUGUGGAUAGUGUUCUUACCUUGGUCAGUUUUCAAAAGACUGGGAACCAUUAGCCAAUCCCAUAUAUCAAGAUUGUAUAACCAGAGGAGCUCUACAGCCAUGGAGAGAGUUUAAUAGUUACACUGCUGUCUGAAUAUGUAAUCUGGAAGUGCCAGUGAUGUUCUACUAGCUAGAAUUUCUCAAACAAGAUUACCAUCAAUGUCACAGAUGAAUUUA